CAUAAUAGAUUUUAGAACAGACAACAACAAGAAGAAGAAAAGAGAGACAUAGAAAGAGAGGGCAGAUUUUUCAACUUCUCCUCUCUUUCUUUCUUUCUGUUUUAUUUUUCUUCUCCAUUUCACCUUUCAAGUUAUUACCAUAUUUCAUUUGACAAAUAUAUAAUCUCUCAACAAGUUUUUCUUUAAAACAUUGAUUUGAUCACAAGAAAAUAUUCAUUGAUCCCACUGCGUCAUUUUGGAGGCACUUUUUUUUUCUUUUUUCUUUACAUGCAUUUUCCCCCGGUCGGACGACAAUAUGAGUAGGGCUCGUUCCGCAUUUUCGUCACCAGAGUCAUCCCCACCUGUAUCACCAAAUACUAAGAUUGAUAAUGCAGAUAAUUCAUCAACUUUACAAGGUUUGGCAGCAAGUGUGAAGCUAUUACUUAAAUUAAUAGAAGACCAUAACGAGGCAUGCACCAAAGAUUACGACGGUCGUAAAAUGCAAAGAGUUGCCAGUAUGAUUACCAUUGUAGACGAAGUUAAAUCUCGGAUUCAGAAAUCACAAGCUUUCGUUAAGAGGCGAGAAAUCUCGUUGCGAAGGUGCAACACAGAACUAAGGGCUCAUCAACAUAAUCCACAUUUACCGAAAGAUCCGAAGAAGCUACUACCACAUCAUCAUGAGUCGAGCCUUUCAUGCCCCAACAGUCCUACUGAUGAAAAAGAAAUUCUACGUAUGGAGCUAAGCGCGAGCUUAGCCGCCCGAAAGAGCCUAGAAAAAAUGUUCUCAAGCUUAGGGAAGGAGAAGGAGAUAAUGGCAUCAGAACUCGCACGGAAGGUUCAUGAGUUAAAUGGAAUUGAAGAGCAUCUGAAUGAUCUUAAAGCUCAGAAUAAGUUAUUGCUGUCCAAGGUACAAACUUGUGCUGCUGAGCAUAAAUGUAUGAACCAAUCUGAUUUAGGUUUAGGGACUUCAUCUGCUGAUCAACAAGAUAAUGUAGCUUUAGAAGAGCGUAACAAAGCCCUUUCAGCGCAUCUUCUCAAGUCGCUGGGUGGUUAUAGAUUGUUAAAGAGGAGAUUAAAGAAUGCACAAGAAGAAAAAGAAGGUAUUAUUGAAAAGAUGCUGGAGAUGGAUGAACAAGCUAAAAUCGGGCUCCACCGAAUUGCUGAGCUCCGCAAACGCAUUUCUGAGAACGAAGAACAACGAACAUUAGUACUCGGCCUAGACGAGGAAUUAUCUGCACUGGAGGAUGUAUUCCGAGGCUUUGAGAAAUUUAUAUUCGUGAAGGAUAGGCAAGAUAGAGCCAACACUAGUCAUGAACAAUUAUAUGAUUAGAUUAGCUUAUAACGGGAUUAAUAGUCUUCAAUCGGUCUUCGUAAUUUUGUCUAGAAAUAGGAUCAUCAGUGAGUUUUGUAUUCCACCUUCGUGGUUUAUGUGGAGAGAAGAGAACAUAUUCUUGUUGUUGAUUAAUUUCUGUUGUGAGAUUAUAUGUUUCUUUACUAAUAAAGGAUUAAAGUGUACAAUUUUGCGCUCCAA